AUGGCUUUCGACAUUUUACUUCCCCGACCGCUUCUGCUGGUCUUGUCCGCUGCGGUGCAAGGUGUCGCUCUGGUCUCAGCGCCUCGGCUAUCAUCAUCACCAUCACCAUUCAUUGCGAGGCUCAGCGCGAGUCUGACUGCGGCGUUCGUGUCCAUGGUGAUACUGGAUCUGCUGCUGUGGGUGAUCUACGUGGUGGCCAUCUACCCGCAUUUCUUCAGUCCGCUUCGACACCUCCCAUGUCCCAAGGGCGCACACCCGAUCCUCGGCCACGCCAAGAUACAGUUCCAACCCCCGCGAGGCGAAGCCUAUCUCCGCUUCAUCAAGGACCCAGCCAUGUCCAACCACGGGCUCAUCCGGCUGAAAGGUAUCUUCAACCAGGACACGGUGCUGCUGACCAACGCCAAGGCCCUGGCCGAGGUGCUGGUCACCCGACCGUACGAGUUCCCUAAGCCGGACAGACACCGCGAUAUCCUGCGUCGCACUAUCGGCGACGGACUGGUGGUGGCCGAGGGCGCGCAGCACCGCCGCCAGCGGAAGCACAGCUUGCCGAGUUUCGCCUUCCGACAGAUCAAAGGCUUGUAUCCUCUGUUCUGGGAGAAGGCGGUCAAGAUGACGAAAUGUAUCGAUGCGGAGGUGUUUGGGAAGGGACGUCAACAUCAACCACAUCCUAACAACGACAAUGACAAGGACAACCCCAUCACCGCCGUGACAGAUAUCGGGUAUUGGGCACCCAAAGCCACACUGGACAUCAUCGGCCUGGCCGGGCUCGGGCGCGACUUCAACACGCUAGAGAACUCGGACGACAAGAUCGUGGGCUUGUACGAAGCCCUGACCAGCACUUCUUCAGACAUGCAGAUCCUGCUGGCGCUGCAGAUCGUCGGGGGUCGACGUCUGGCCAAUCUGCUCUGCCCUUCGGCCGCCAGACGGAUGGACAAGACGGCGGCAGAGCUGCGUGACUUGUCGGAGCAGUUGGUGCGCGACAAGAGGGCAGAGGCUCAAGCCCGACGCAAGGCCUCGGACGGUGACGGUGAUGGUGACCGUGACGGCGACUCGCCCUCACACUCGGAAUCGAUCGACACGCUGGCCAGCCUGAUGAAAGCCGACGUCUUCUCCGACCAAGAGCUAGUGGAUCAAUUGUUGACCAUCAUUGCAGCCGGCCACGAAACCACCUCCUCGGCCUUCACGUGGACCAUCUACCUGCUCUGUCUGCACCCGGACAUCCAGACACGACUGCGCGAAGAAAUCCACGCUGCGCUGCCUCUGCCUAGGGACGGCGACGGCGACGGCAAUGGCAACGCCAACGCCAACGGCGACGCUACCCUCAACGCCAACUCUCUACCCCUCCUCAACGGCGUGUGCAGCGAGACGCUGCGAGUAUUUCCCACGGUACCAGUGACCGCGCGGACGAACAAACAGGCCACGACGCUGCUCGACCAGCCGCUGGCAGCCGGCACGCGUAUCCUGGUGGCGCCAUGGGCCAUCAACAAAGACCCUGCAGUGUGGGGGGACGACGCCGACGAUCACAACCACGACCACGACCACGACCACGACCACGACCAAGACCAUGACCGGCCUAAGCCCAAGCUCGACCGACCCAAACCAAAACCAAAACCAAAAUUCAACCCCACCGCCGCAUCGUCCAACUACGCCUUCCUGACCUUCCUACACGGCCCACGCAGCUGUAUCGGCCAGAACUUUGCGCGCGCCGAGCUGCGCGCCCUGGUAGCUGCCUUUGUCGGCGCCUACGAAUGCGUCUUGGCGGACCCGGAUGCCGACGUCGUGCCGGCUGGUAUGGCGACUACGAAACCGAAGGGAGGGUUGAAUGUUAGGUUGACUAAGGUUAGGGGGUGGUGA